UCAUGUGGUUUUUUUAUAAUGUAUUUGGCAUAAUAAAGAGCCUAGAGUGAAAAGGAACUUAAUACUUGUGCUUGGUUGUUAAUCGGUCUUGGAGUCAGCCAGUUUGGUAGGCUUACUGUUAUAUGAUUAGCUGUAAAAGCUAGUUAUAAAUACCGAAGCUUAGUCUCCUAAGAUUCAUUAAGAAGUUAGAAAUCCUACUUAAGUCUGGAAAAAUUAGAAAACAAGUUAGGAACUAAUUUCAGGAAUCAUAUCCUGCUCCAAAAUUGGAGAUAAUGAAUGUUACAAAUUCCUUUAUAGCUGCCCAAAUGUCCAGGAGAGCUAUUGAACAUACUGUGCCACAUGAAAGCUCUUGAAUACAGCCCAGAAGUUGCUAAGGGUGAGUUUCAUAUAAUUUUUCCUGUGCGUUUGGUAUAAUAAAGAGCCCUAGAGUGAAAAGGAACUUAAUGCUUGUGCUUGGUUGUUAAUCAGUCUUGGAGUCAGCGAGCUAGGUAGGUUUAUUGUUAUAUGAUUAGCUGUUAUGUAAAUACUGAAGCUUGGUCUUGUAAAAUUAAUUAAGAAGAGAAAUCUAGGAAAUAUACAGAGCACUUUCUUCUUUUGCUUCUGUGCUUCUUCAAUAGCUUCUCACGUAAUCCCAAUAAAUUUGGAAACUAGAAAUCUGGAAAAGUAGAAAUCCUACUGAAAUCUGGACAAAUUAGAAAUUGAUUCCUUUUUAGCUGGCCAAAUGUCUAAGAGAGCUUUUGAACAUACUGUUUCACAUGAAAGCUCUUGAAUACGGCCCUGAAGUCGCUAAGGAUGAGUUUCAUAGAAUUUUUCCUGUGAGUUAGAAUUGCUACUUCUCUCUGUCUCUCUUUUCCUUUUUGUUAUUUCUUUCUAUAUUUGAAUUCUUUUGUUUUGAAAUUGAUUCCUCGUCAAUCUCAGCACAAUACGUGGCUAGGCUACCCAAAGUUCAUUUCUCAACUGAUGGCAUUGCUUGAUGUUCUAGUGUCAUUUUAGUUGUUUGCCAUGGUCAGCUUCUGACAUAAAUAUGCGUAAUUCAUGUAGAAUUGAGACAAGUAUGAUAUGGUGACUUUUGUGGGGGCCAAGUACUCUGGUUUUGAUAGUCAACUCCUCCUGAGCCGGCGGCCGGCCAAUGCUUGAAACCGACCCUUAAUGAUUGCACAAGCUUCAAUCGGAACAGAAUUGCCGACAAUGGAAUUCAGACAUCUCGUGAUGCUAAACGUGUUGCUGGAUCUGCAAAGAUGUCAGAGUUCAGCAACAAGAACAGAACAUUGUCCUCCAAUACUCUUAUGAGCUCUGAGCAGGAAAUUGAAUGCGGCGGGGCUUCCAUGAAGCUUGUAUCUGGAUUUCUUAAGCAAAAGCAAUUCGAGGAGGACAUUCAAUGCAGGUUGAUUAAUUGCGAUACUCCUACCAAAGGAAGGAAAAGAUCCCAGUCAUCUCUUGGAUUGCCAACCUCUAGUCAGUUAAAAAGAUCGAAGAGAUCAUCACCAGCAGAAAGAAGACCAUCAUCAAUUGAUGAUCUCCCUGACACGGCAUUGGUUGAAAUCCUUUGCCGACUUCCAUCAAGUAAAUUUGUGUUUCAAUGCCAGUGUGUGUGCAAGCGUUGGCGCACACUCAUCUCAGAUCCUUAUUUUAUCGGCCGCUUUGUACAUAUCCAAGGUUAUAGGAAAACUCCAAAGAUAUGCACUCUAAUAAGUCAAAAAGGAGAGGAAUUCCCUCCUAAAAUGCCAUGGUCAUCCAAGCUACUAACCCCAGUGUUCAAACGAAUAAUGAGAUUCCACUCUUUGAGAAAAGAGCCAGUUGUGGUAGCAACGUAUAAUGACUUAGUUUUGUGCUGCGCAACUGAGGAUUAUCAACGCAAUUACAUCUGCAAUGCAUACACCAUGCAAUGGGUUGCUGUUCCUCCCACCCCAGGUCGAUGCCACGAUAGGGUACUAGUGGGAUUCAUCUGUGAUAUUCCCUACUAUAAUUCUAAGAAAGAAGAUUGGAAAGGGCAUAACGUCCAGCUUAAUACUGAGUGUAUGUGCAACAUUGUGAGAAUUCUGCCUCCUGAUGAAUAUGCAAAUGAUGACGAAUGUGAUUCCUUAAAAUUAAGCGUGGAGAUCUUCUCUUCUGAGACUGGUGAAUGAAGAGAAUCAGUUGUGGCUUCCCCACGAUUCUUUGAUUUUGAUGACCUUGAAGAUAUCUCCUUCGCAUACAAUGGGAUGUUAUAUUGGACAAGUGAUGAAGAACUCCUUUUUGUUGGUUUGGGUCUCUUCAACGACAAUAACACGACAAGUAGUAGUAGUGGUAAUGGUGAUGGCAUUAUUGAUCAUAAACUUCAUUUUACUGUAUUUGAGGAGCCUCUAAAUGGACGUUUUGUAGUUGAGUACCUAGGUAUGUUCGGAGGAUGUGUGCGAAUGUGUGACUUUAAGGCGGCUACCAAUACUCUGUAUGUUUGGGAGUUGAAAGAACAAGAUCAUGAUCGGAUGGUUGAUGGAGCUGCUGGCAGAUUGUGUUUAACUAACCACAGGGUAUAUCACUUGGACCCAAAAAUGUAUCUGGAUGGUCCAUUUACGUGCGAAAUGCAGCCUUUUGACCCAUAUAAUGAGGAUAUUUUGUACCUGCGUGUGGACGGAGAUAUUAUCAAGUGCAACAUUCAUACAAAAAAGUGGUCUAGGAUAGGCAGUGUCCAGUUGGUAAUGGUGACUAUUGGCCAGUUGAGCUCCCAUGGUGGCCGACUCCAGUUCCUAGAUUACCGCAGCAUGCCCAUGGUGGAGGAACUAGCAGCUAGUAGAUAACUUGGAUUCAAGUACUAACCUUUUAUUUGUUAAAGUUGGAUUAUUUGUAUUUGAUAUACUCAGCAAAGUUGGAUUAUUUUUUAAUUAUUCUUUUUGUUAACUGUUUUUUCCAUCUUUUCUUAUUAUGGCGAUAUAUGGAGGACUGCGAAUUGAGGUCGUUCUAUACACGCCCAGUUUAUUAAUUAAAGCAUUC